GACGUCACUUCAGGGCGACAAUCAUCUUUGUCAGUGAAUAAAAUGGCGUCUUAUUGUUUGACUGUCACUAGGUUGCGGCUGGCCCUUGGAACUGGGGCAAGGCGAUUUCAUGUCUCUGCAGCCUUCAGCGCCAAGGCCAAGGUGGCCAUGAGCCGCUUUGAGCCCGGAUUCAGCAUAAACUAUGAGAAGAUGCACGAGAACAUCAACAUUGUACGCAGGAGGCUCAACAGGCCUCUCACUCUGUCGGAGAAGAUUGUGUAUGGUCACCUGGAUGAUCCAGCAGGGCAGGAGAUCGACCGCGGCCGCACCUAUCUGCGCCUGCGUCCAGACCGCGUGGCUAUGCAGGAUGCUACAGCUCAGAUGGCAAUGCUUCAGUUCAUCAGCAGCGGUCUGCCCAAGGUGGCGGUUCCCUCCACCAUCCACUGUGAUCAUCUGAUUGAGGCUCAGAUCGGAGGGGCUCAGGACCUGCAGAGGGCUAAGGAAGUGAACGAGGAAGUGUACAACUUUCUUGCAACUGCUAGUGCCAAAUAUGGAGUUGGCUUCUGGAAACCCGGAUCAGGGAUCAUUCAUCAGAUUAUCCUGGAGAAUUAUGCCUAUCCUGGAGUGAUGCUGAUUGGUACAGACUCCCACACUCCCAAUGGCGGCGGUCUGGGUGCCAUCUGUAUUGGAGUGGGUGGAGCUGACGCCGUGGAUGUCAUGGCUGGAAUCCCUUGGGAGCUCAAAUGUCCUAAAGUGAUUGGAGUGAGGCUGACAGGAAACUUGUCUGGCUGGACCUCUCCGAAGGAUGUCAUCCUGAAGGUGGCUGGCAUCCUGACUGUGAAGGGAGGCACUGGAGCCAUUGUGGAGUAUCAUGGGCCUGGAGUUGACUCCAUCUCCUGCACUGGAAUGGCCACUAUCUGUAACAUGGGUGCUGAGAUUGGAGCCACCACAUCCAUCUUCCCCUACAACCACCGCAUGAAGACGUACCUGGACAAAACUGGCCGUGGAGAGAUUGCCUCUGUGGCUGAUCAGUUCAAAGAUGACUUGGUCCCUGAUAACGGCUGUGAAUACGACCAGGUCAUUGAGAUUAACCUGAGCGAACUGAAGCCCCAUAUCAACGGGCCGUUCACCCCUGACCUGGCCCACCCUGUGUCUGAUAUCGGGGCUGUAGCUAAGAAGAACGGCUGGCCCCUGGAGGUUAAAGUCGGUCUGAUUGGCAGCUGCACCAACUCGAGCUACGAGGACAUGGGCAGAGCGGCCUCUCUGGCCAAGCAGGCUCUGGAUAAAGGUCUGAAGUGCAAGGCUCAGUUCACAGUCACUCCUGGUUCUGAACAGAUCCGUGCCACUAUCGAGAGGGAUGGAUAUGCCAAGAUCCUGAGUGAUGUUGGAGGAAUCGUACUCGCCAAUGCUUGUGGCCCCUGCAUCGGACAGUGGGACAGGAAGGACGUGAAAAAAGGAGAGAAGAAUACUAUUGUCACGUCCUUCAACAGAAACUUCACUGCCAGGAAUGAUGCUAACCCAGCUACUCAUGCUUUUGUCACCUCUCCUGAGAUUGUCACUGCCCUGGCCAUCGCCGGGACCCUCAACUUCAACCCAGAGACUGACUACCUGACUGCUCCUAACGGAGAGAAGUUCAAGCUGGAACCCCCAACCGGUGACGAGCUCCCCUCCAAAGACUUCGACCCGGGCCAGGACACCUACCAGCACCCCCCGGCCGAGGGCACCUCAGUCAAGGUGAAUGUGAGCCCCUCCAGCAACCGUCUGCAGCUGCUGGAGCCCUUCGACAAGUGGCAUGGAAAAGACCUGGAGAACAUGAGGGUCCUCAUCAAGGUGAAAGGAAAGUGCACCACUGACCACAUCAGUGCUGCCGGGCCCUGGCUGAAAUUCCGCGGCCACCUGGACAACAUCUCCAACAAUCUGCUGAUUGGUGCAGUCAACAUUGAGAAUGAUGCCGUCAACAAGAUCAAGAACCAGCUGACAGGAGAGUACGGAGGUGUGCCCGAUGUGGCCCGCCACUACAAGGCCAACGGAGAGAGCUGGGUGGUGGUUGGAGACGAGAACUAUGGAGAAGGGUCCAGUAGAGAGCACGCUGCCCUGGAGCCACGACACCUUGGAGGACGCGCCAUCAUCGUCAAGAGCUUUGCCAGAAUCCAUGAGACUAACCUGAAGAAGCAGGGCCUGCUGCCUCUGACUUUUGCCGACCCCCACGACUAUGACAAAAUUCGCCCUGAUGACAAGAUUUCAAUCACUGGGCUGAAAUCCUUUGCUCCCGGCAAGCCCCUGACAGCAGUGAUCAAGCACAGCGAUGGCAGCCAGGAGUCCUUCUCUCUAAACCACACCUUCAAUGAGACGCAGAUCGAGUGGUUCCAGGCUGGCUCUGCCCUCAACAGGAUGAAGGAACUCCAGUAAUUGGUGGGAGAGGAGGGAGGUAGGGCCUGUAGGGGCCAGUGAGGGGCCUUGGCGUGGGUUAAGAAGGGGAGAAAUGUGGGCCUAGAGAGGGGCUUUGCAAAGAGGAAGAGACGAUGUGAACGGUAACCAGACUUGUUGGUGUUAAUGUUGGUUUAGGGACAGCUGUAGUCGUGCUCAGUUAAACACACACACACACGCACACACACAAGGUCGCUGUACAGAUGAAAAGCGCACACACACAUACACGCGAGCAUGUACACGCACAGACAGGAUUACUGUGAAAGCACUCCUGGUCGACAGGAAGAAUUACUGUUCACAAAUGCACUCAAACAAGCACACAUAACCGAAGCUUAGCAGUGUGCGUCUCUGUUAUAGGCAGCAUUGUUUGUACUGGCAGGACUCCUCAGUUUAACAUGAGAUUUGUCAAGCGUGUAACCCUGUAGUGUUCAGCUGACUGUUUCAUACACAGACGCUCAUCUUUCUCCAUUGAAUGGGGUGAUAUUUUCCUAAUUUUGUGACAGAUUGGUAUCACUACUGUAUUUCUCUUGUUUGGUUUCACCAAAAGUCGUUCCAAGCUUCCCCCCUACAGAAACAGGCUUGUUGGAAGCAUCAACAUAAAGCAUUAUUCAUUAUCAACUACACUGUAUACCAUCUUGAUGGCCGUAUCUAGCAGUAUAUAAACCUGAUUCAGACCCUGAAUUAAUAAAGUUAGAUACAGAAUAGAGAAUAGAGUUAACGGUCUCCUGCUUUAAUGUCUUUAACUACAAAAUUCACCCCAACACCAGACAGUUCUUGUCCUCUAUUAUACCUCCUCUUUAAUGUUUGUCUCAGUAGUCUCCAUCCAAGCAGCUCAAUAAGCUGAGUUGUUCAACUCACAUGUACUUUUCCUUCAUUAUCUCCAGACCUGUCACCUGAAGAACAUCUUUUCCACAUGUUCCCUGUUAAUUAUGAUGCAUCAAAUGGUGAUGAACUCCACUAGUCGUCCUUCAUUUUCCUCCUGUAGUGGGCUGCCGGGUUUGCUGCUUUCUGAUGCCAUUAUUGACUUGAACAAACGUUUCCUCACUCAUUGUAGCGUGGCUCCAUACUGUAAACAAACUACCAGGUUAACUUAUUUACUGUAAGCAGCAUCAUUGACAUCCCAUCAGCCCCUGCACUGUAAUAGUGCAACUGCAGCCCACCCUGUUCUCACUCAGACUGUGGUUCGCUCCGGUACAUUUCAGUCAAUACGUGUAUCUGUGUACACUCCCUGCUGCUCUUCUAAUGCUUGCAUGAUAUAUCACCCCGUUGUGAGAAAACUGUCCUGUGUGGUGGUCUGUCUCUGACUGGGACAACAAACCACAACACAUACUUCUAUUGUGUUAGCGCUAGACUUGCCAUUUUUUCUUUCCAUCUGUGUUUUGUACGUGUGUGUGUGUAUAUGUGAUGCAUGACGGUUUUUAUCAGGUUAACAUCGGUCUGUAUUUGCAUCUAUCUGUCCCUCUUUGCUCAUCCUGUCUCUCUUUUUGCUCUCACCAGGCUGGCUCAUGCAGUCCAAACCACAACCUGAUAUGUUUGGGGAAGUAGGCUGUAAUCAGAUUUGUGUUGGUAGACAUUGAAGCACAAUUAAAUCCUCUGGAAUAAAGCUUCACAGAUCAGUUUGGACGUUAUGUUAUCGGGUAUUCUCUGUUUUCCAGUUAUUCCUCACUAUCAUCUGGAGCUGCCAGGGUGUGAAAUUGCCUUGUGUAGGUGUAAUGGGAGAUGACAGGCGGUGUUUGUCUUUGAGUUGAAUGUUUAUUCAGGUUGAGGUUUGGUCCUCCAUAGCAUGAGAAGGCCUGCUGUCUUCUUACACAAACUAACGCACAAUCUAGUGUCCAGAUGCCUGUACACUAGCACUUUGUAGAGUUAGGAAAGUAGUUUUAGGUUUAGUUUUAGGUGUGCUUUGCCAAGCUUUGUUCAUCCUCUGCAAACAUUUUACUCUUCAGCAUACAUCUCUGUUGUGUGUGACUCUAUAGGACUGACAUACAUCUUGUAAUAUUCAUUACUGAUACACAAGUUUUCAGACUGUAGAAAAUUUUUAUUCAAGAUCAUUGUUGUAUUAAGUUUGGUAUAAACUUGAUACAACAGAGUCUUGCCAUGAUGUAUACCUAGUACGCGCCACUGAAACAGUGUGGUUAUAUAUUUUUGUGGGCUUAGGGAUGUUAAAGGUCAUUGCUGCUAUGUUUUAUGUGGGAGCACUGCUGGUCCUCUGUGUUUAGUUCUCAUGAUCAUCCAGAAAGUCUAUAAAGCCGUCACUUCUUCUUUCUGCUGUCUAGGAAGUAAAAACGCUUUGGAUUAGUAAUUACAGUUCCUGAGGUAUUAAAUCCCUAUGUACUACAAAGCCACUGAGCUUGGACCUGUGUGUAAAUGAUGUGAUAUAUAGCUGCACUUUGUAUAGGGGUGUGUACAUAAAUAAUAAAUAAUUUAUAAAUAUAUAAACAAAGCGAGAGCGCCAGUAAAAUGCUGUAUGCUGCCCGUCUAAAGGAGUCGUUAACUCUGUUUGUGACUUCUUGUAACAUAAUGUCAUGAUAGAGUCCCCCCUGUGGUCUUCAUUAAACUGAAUCUCCAUUAACCUAAUGGUUUUACAAACCAGUUGACAUGUGGAUUAAAUUAAAGCACAGAUAUCGAAUUGUAGCUGUCAGUUGCUGCUGGGCUUUGACAGUGAAAACUGACUUGUUAUUUUUAGGAAGGUGAGUCUUGAUGGAUUUGUGUAUUUUUCUUAAUUUUUUGUUUUGGUUUUGUUCAAAUUGUUGUCAGGGUCAGAGAUGACUUGAAAUAGCAGCAGCCCAACUUUAACAAUAUUUUGGACAUUAAUGACUCCAUAUAUGGGUUAUCUGUUCAGAUACUCAACUGCUCAACACUUUGAGAAUCACCAUGUUUUAUGCCCUCAUUAAGCCCAUCACUUUGAUUUACUGCCAAAGAUGCCUAAUGAAAGUACUGAGAUGUUAAGAAACGAUGGUUAUCCAUAAGUUGUUUGAAAAAUCACCCAUUAUUAUUCAAAAUUAUUAUUUCAAAAAUAUCCCUUUGUCCAUAAUUAUUUGAUUAUGUACAGAGUUUCCUACAGAAUUCACCAGGGUCAAUGUUUAUUUUUAAAACAUCUUAUAAAUAUAUAUCAAUUUGAUUAUCCUUUUUCGUCUGCCAGCACAAUUUAAAACAGCCACUUGUGAAACUGUUUGCCUAUACUGUGAUGUAAGAUAAUGCGUUGUUGUUCACUAGUUCAAGCCUUUGGGUUUUAAAAGCGCUACUGUAAUGUGACAAAUCAAAUGAUGUUCAUGAUGGCAUUGUGUGGUGGUCAUUUUGUACUGUUUGGUCAGGCUUCCUCUGAUGUGUUUGAAAUCAGUUUGUCAACAUGCUUCAUUUGCCCAGAUACAGCAAAUAAAAAAUGGAAUAUUGGCUCCAGAUGUUUUCUCAUAGUGAUGAUUCCCCUCACACUCCUGUUUCAGCAUUAAACUUGAUUUUGUAAAAGUAGAUGAUUCAAAAUGCCUGCAGUUUUAUAGCUUGACCAAUUUAAAAUAUAUCGACAUCUUAAUAUUAAUAAAGAUAAAAGUCUGAA